AUGUGUCAGGUCGAAGGAUCUGACGUGCGCCCGAUGACAUUUUUGAAGAGUCAGAGCGGCGUGGGUAUUGGGUUGUUGUUGUUUGACGCGGUAUUGAAGUUGUUCGAUGAAAUGCCUGAGAGAGAUGUGGUUUCUUGGAAUGUGAUUAUUGAUGAUCUUGGUAAGAAUGGCUGUGUUGAUGAGGUUCUUGAUGCGGUUAACGAGAUGUUUUGGAGCGGGGUUGAACCUAACGCGGUUACACUUCUUGGAGUUGUCGCGUGUUGCUUGAAAAUCGGGGAUUUUGGUUUGGGUAAGUUGGUUCAUUUGUAUGUGAUAAAGAAGGGGAUACAUAUGAGUGAAAAUCUUGGAAAUGGGUUGAUUGAUAUGUAUGCAAAGUUUGGAGAUAUGGAGUCAGCUGAGAAGUUGUUUGACGCGAUGGAGAUGAAGACGGUUAUCUCAUGGACUUCACUUCUUGAUGGUUAUAUACGAAAGGGCGAACUAGAAAGAGCAUGUGUUGUUUUUCAUCGGAUGCCUAAGGAUACUACUGCUUGGAAUGUCAUGCUUAGUGGUUACUCCGAGGGAGGCGAUAUGAGUUCAGCUGAGAUGAUCUUUCGAGCAAUGCCAGAUAGAGAUUUGGUGUCGUGGAACACUAUGAUCGUUGGCUAUGCCCAGAGUAAGAAGUACAUGAAGUCGUUAGAGAUGCUAAGAGAUAUGCUCGGGUUUGGAUUGAAACCUGAUCGGAUAACAUUAGUCGGGCUGUUCUCAGUGUGUGGAUAUGCAGGUGUGCUGCAUAUCGGUGAAGCCAUUCACUCGUUCAUGGAGAAACAGAACGUAAAGGAGGAGGAAGUCGAGGUAGCAUUGCUGGAUAUGUACAGCAAGUGUGGUGAUCCUGAGAAAGCUCUGGGAGUAUUUCACGCGAUACGGAGGAAAUCAGUGCUGGCUUGGACUAGCAUGAUUGUAGGACUGGCAAUGAAUGGUGUUGCAGAUGAAGCACUUGUGUUGUUCCAUCGAAUGUGCGAUGCCGGAAUAAAGCCGAAUGAGAUUACAUAUCUAGGUGUUCUAUGUGCUUGUAGCUAUGCAGGUCUGGUAAAAGAAGGCAAAUGGUUGUUCAAUGCAAUGAGUGAAGUACAUGGUGUUACACCAAGAUCUGAGCAUUAUGGUUGUAUGGUUGAUCUUCUCGGCCGGGCGGGUUUGCUUGAAGAAGCAGAGAGGUUUAUACAAGAUGUGCCAGAAAAGGCUGAUGCUGCUAUCUGGGGUGCCUUAUUGGGAGCUUGUAGAAUGCAUGGUGAGGUUCAAAUGGGUGAAAAGAUAGCCAAGAUUGUGACUCAAAUGGAUCCGAAUCACUCGGGGCGUUACAUUCUUCUCUCAAACAUUUAUGCUGCAACAAACAGAUGGCUUGAUGCUGAAAAUGUAAGGAAGAAGAUGAAAACUUCAGGUAUACACAAAACACCAGGGUUUAGUUUGGUUGAGAUGAAAGGUGAAAUGCACCAAUUCAUAGUAGACUAG